AUGAAGCCCUCGAGACUCCCAAAACCUGCUUCCCGCGCGAUCCGCUACCAUUCUGCUCAAAGACAUCAGCGACUAUACCAUGCGUCUCGAGCCGCUUUUGUAUCGGCAGCCGCUAGUACAGGCUCGCAAUCGUCAGUCAACCCAGACGAAAUAGCCCUGUUUUCUCGCCUCUCUUCGCAAUGGUGGGACGAGCGCGGCGAGUUUCAAAUGUUACACAAAAUGAACCCUGUCAGAAUUCAAUUCAUCCGCGAGAAGCUGCUUGAAAUGAGGAGGGAGGACGGAGAGGACGCGGCGAGUGCGGAUGACGUUCUGAAGGGGCUGAAUGUCCUAGAUGUCGGAUGCGGGGGUGGUCUGCUUUGUGAGAGCCUCGCCAGACUCGGCGCGAACACGCUCGGCGUUGACGCUUCUGCGUCGAACAUCGGCAUUGCGUCCACACAUGCAUCAUCCGACCCUUCGCUCAACUACUCACUCUCCGUGAAAUCUACGUCCCCAGCACCGACCAGCAGAGGGAAGGGCGCUCUGACAUAUGAGCAUACAUCCGCGGAGGACGUGCUCGCUACCCGGGGUCCGAGGCAAUUCGACGUUGUCUGCUCGAUGGAGGUCCUCGAGCACGUAGACAACCCACGCACGUUCCUGCGCAAUUGCGCUGACCUGGUCAAGCCCGGCGGUCACCUCUUCCUCUCGACCAUCUCGCGCACGCCGCUUGCGUACCUACUCACCAUCUUCGCCGCGGAGCACCUCCUGCGCCUCGUCACACCCGGAACGCACACCUACGCCAAGUACGUCCGGCCCGAGGAGCUCACGCAGUUCUUCGGCGACUACCGCUCUGCCCCUGAGAGCAGGCCGUGGAUCUCUCGCCUGUACGGUGGCGUACCCACGCGCACGGAGGCGGAGACGCGUGGGAUCAUAUACGUCCCGUGGAAGGGCGAGUGGACACUGGUCCCUCGCGGCGCCGUGGGCGCGAGGUGGGGAGAGGGGUGCAACUACCUGUUCUGGGUACGGAGACCGCUGGAGUAA